AUGACUGGAAUUUCUCUUUUAUGGCUGUGGUCUAAAAGAGGGUUUAUCUUUAUAUCAUAUGUGUUCUUAGUUUGUUUUGCUGCUGUUCUUCCUAUAGAUUCAAUUGCACAAGCUUCUCAAUCUUCAAACAAUGCUUUAAAUACGUUUAUCGUGGUCGGUGCAUUGGUGAUCUUCGCCGUGGUUUGCAUUAUUUUAAUUGUUGGUCGCUCAUUGUAUUUUAAGAGCUGUCUGCAAGAUGUUCCAAGAAGGUAUAUACCUUCAACUGCAAUUGACCUGCCGCACCGUGGCAGUAGAGAACUGGUUACUCAAGGUGUCGAGGCAUCGAAACAGUUAAGUACAAUGUUCAUCAAACCAAAAGAUCCGGUAAUACAUCCUGGUGUGGAGCCUCCAGAACGUUGUGAUGAUCCAAAUAUAGACAAAGUGUUCCCUGAAUACCUGAAUUAUCAUUCAUGUAUAAAAAAUAUCGCCGACAGGUUCAAGUACAAAGGUGUAUUUAUGAGUGUUGAUAAGAAUAAGCUCGAUAUAGACUCAACCUUCUCUGAUAUUGUCAGAGAGAAAUAUAUUAUCUCCAAUGAAAAUGUAGCUGUAAAGCAAAAUGCAGAACGUCUGAUAGAAUUAUACGAAGUAUUAAGGUUUUCUGGCAACCCAAUAACAAGGGAACAAUUUGUUUAUUUCGUGGAAUUGUGUAUCUAUUUAGUAGAACAUAGUUUGACUCACCACAUAGAGGAGGAUUUAACUAAGUUUCCGUCUAACACAAUGUUUUCUAUAGGUGAGUUUUCAACUGGAUUACAAGCAUCGAGAAUACAGUCCAGGUAUUCAGCAGCUCAGUCAUUCGAGAAUGAUUUUGGUGAGAAUCUUUUAAAUGCACAAUUAUCAGAACUUUUACAAAAUAAGUCAAGAAUAGAAGAAGAGAGACUAGGAAGGCUGAGAAGACUUGCCGGUUCGAUAAACGAGAGUGAGGAUGAAGCAAUAUCUUCAUCGAUAUCCAGGUGGAACACUUCGAGUGGUUCAAUCACAAACAGUUACAGUACUGUUGUUCGUCAUUAA